GACUCGGCCGGCCCGCGGGGUGAGCGCCCGGGCCGGGCCGCGCCGCGCCACUUCCGACGCGGCGCUCGCUUCAGGUUCCGGGGCGCGCGGCCUCGGCUCGCGGCCUGGGAUCCGGCGGGAUGGAGGAGGCCGCGCUCGGGGAGGCCGAACUCAACUGGUCCCGCCUCAGCGUGUCGGCCGAGGCUCUGGAGUCGGAGCUGGAGGCGCGCGCCGAGGAGCGGCGCGGCGCGCGGGAGGCGCUGCUGCGGCUGCUGCUGCCGUACAACCGUCUGACGUCGCUGCCGCGGGCGCUGGGCAGCGGCUUCCCGCACCUCCAGCUCCUGGACGUGAGCGGCAACGCGCUCACGGCGCUGGGACCCGAGCUGCUGACGCUGAGCGGCCUGCGCACGCUGCUGGCCAGGAACAACCGGCUCGGCGGCCCGGGCUCGCUGCCCAAGGGCCUGGCCCAGUCGCCGCUCUGCCGCAGCCUCCAGGUCCUCAACCUCAGCGGCAACUGCUUCCAGGAGCUGCCCGCCUCGCUGCUGGAGCUGCGCGCGCUUCAGACCCUCAGCCUGGGCGGCAACCAGCUGCAGAGCAUCCCCGCCGAGAUCGAGAACUUGCAGAGUUUAGAAUGUUUAUACCUUGGAGGAAACUUCAUUAAAGAAAUCCCACCAGAAUUAGCAAAUCUGCCUUCUCUGAAUUACUUGGUGUUGUGUGACAACAAGAUCCAAAGUGUGCCACCUCAGCUCUCACAGUUGCAUUCGCUUCGAUCCCUCAGUCUACAUAAUAAUUUGCUGACAUACCUGCCUCGAGAGAUCCUUAAUCUUAUUCACCUGGAAGAGUUGAGUUUGCGAGGAAACCCGUUGGUUGUUCGUUUUGUUAGAGAUUUAACGUAUGACCCUCCGACUCUUCUGGAAUUAGCUGCAAGGACCAUUAAGAUCCGAAGUAUUUCUUACACUCCCUAUGAUCUUCCCGGGAAUCUUCUUAGAUACUUGGGUUCAGCCAGCAAUUGUCCAAACCCAAAGUGCGGUGGAGUCUAUUUUGACUGUUGUGUCAGACAAAUUAAGUUUGUGGACUUCUGUGGGAAGUACCGCCUCCCCCUCAUGCACUAUCUGUGUUCUCCAGAAUGCUCCUCCCCCUGCAGCUCAGCCUCACACAGCUCCACGUCCCAGAGUGAGUCUGACUCAGAAGAUGAAGCCAGUGUUGCUGCACACAGAAUGCAGAAAGUUCUUCUUGGUUGAGCAGCAGUGGGUAUUGAAAAAUAUUAAAACACUGAACAGAAAUGACUUUUAAAAAAAAUGGGUCUUGAAGUUGGAGACCUGAGCAUUUUCAUCUUGAAUGUCCAUGUAAGAGUUGCCAUGAUGUGAAAGAAAGGACGGUUUCACAUUCCAUCUACACAUCUGACAGCAGUGAGUCCAGUUCCAUGUUCAGAUUCUUUGAGUGUAAUUUAUUGUGAAUGGCAGUUCAAAGUUCAGCUGAUUGGUCACAAUUUUCAUGUAAGUCUUUGAAGAAACACUAACAGAAUGGUUCAUUCUAAAGAACAAUCAUGUAAUCAGCCAGAAGUGGUGUCACCUAGGACAGCUGAGUUGAAUAUAGAAGUCAUCACAGUUCUGUUCCUAGGCUUGUCCUGGUUUAUGCUGAACACUAUACAUAAAUAAAAUGAGUCUUCUCCUUCUGUUACUCCUGGACUGUUGAAAGCCUUUAUGACCAACUAACUGGACAGUAAGGACUGUAACUUUUAAAUGGAAUAUUUAAACCAGCUCUUAUUUUGUGUGAUUGUUACUAACUAUAAAAUCUAGCCGUGAUGUGUUAUAGUGCCUUAAUCCUAGCAAGAUUAUGGAAGCUUAUUAUAGAAAUUAUUUCAGAGCAGCCUACAACCUGACACUGUGCAAAACACUUGGAAAUGUGCUUUAACCAACUAGUUGAAAAAUUGUACCGAUAAUACCUGAGUUCUGAGGGCCUGGAACUCAGAGAUCCAACUGGAAGAUCUCCCAUCUGGUGGAGAGAUGGGGGAUCUUCCAGGUGGCAAUUCCAGGGGCUCCCCCUCCCUAGUUACAGAUGUACACCACCAACUGCUUCCAUGGCAGUUGGCUUUUACACUUAAUGAGAGGCUAAAGUCUUCAUGUGUCUAGUCACCAAAAGACAAAAUAAAAGUUUGUGACCAAAAAAAAUCUAGAUGACUAGUAGACUAAGAACACCUGCUUUACAAUAUUGGACUAAAUGAGGAAAAGUUGGGCAUAGGUGUGCACACCUCCAGACCAUCACUUGGGAGAUAAGAGGCAGAAGAUCAGGACUUCAGAGUUAAUCUAGGCUCCAUCGUGAAUUUGAGGCCAACUUGGACUACAUACAUGAAAACUUGUCUCAAAGGAGGUGGAUUUUAGCCAAGUGUCUGUCCCCUGUUCCUCUUGUUCACUAAACCAAGCCUUCCCCUACAUUUAGAAGAGAAACUACAGCUACAUAAAGUGAGAGUGAAGCAGAGCCCAUUAUGUUCAUCCAUAGGAGAGUGGUUCACAGAGCCAGCAUAACCACUGAACGCUGAAGACAGGAUUAAGAAAACAGUGAUAUCCUUAAGGUGUGGAAGAAAAGUAGUGACACAAUUACUGUCGUUGGAAAUUAAUUUUGCUAAGUUGAUUAUGCAAUUAAAAAUACUAAAAGUAUAAGCUAACAUUAGAAAAUAUGUAACUCUCACUGCUGACCAUUAACCAACCUGUAAUAACAGGAAGCCUGGUUGGUUAAGUGCCAAAAGUAGUUUCAGAUUGCAUUAGAGCCUCGGGUGAUCUCUAAAUAGUGCUUUAUCGGGAGCCAACUGUAUGCUCAGUAUUUGCGUGCUAGGUUUCUUGUAUAUAUAUUUUAGUAGAAUAUAUUAGUAGGUUCUAGGGUAAUUCAGGGUUUGUAUGUGUGUUUGUGUUACGUCAUGAAACACAAGAGUUUCGUGGCUGCAGUUGUGAAACGCUGCUAUAGUGAGUCCCCUUACCUUUCCCUCGGAAUAGUGUAGGAAGAUUAGUUUUUUUCUUUUUUUGAUUUAGAAGUUUUCUUCCUGUGUUUAUAGAAAUGAUGUUUCUACUGCUAAUGUAAUUGUAUGAUAGACAGUAUAAAUAAAGUCUUUGUUUAUUUCACCAAGUAAGCAUCUGUAAGCAGCAGAUUGCAAGGUUGGGAAAAGCAAAGAUGACUUGUAAAUGCUUUGUAAUUAGAUCAUUUAGUUAAGCAACACUGAACAUUUUCACGGAAAAUGCUCAAAUUGAUGGGACCAUAUUCUUCUGGAUUAAAUACUUGUACUUUCUUGAUUGAUAGUCAUCUUGACUUAGUAAUAGUUUGAGUAGCCUUUUAGGAAUUACUUGUAAAUAGUCUUGUAAAUAGAGCCUUUAACAGUAUGUACCCUUUCUAGCCUCCUAGAAAGUAUAUCGUUUCUUCUUUUAUAGUUGUAAAUACUCCAGCCAGAAAUCAUUUCUAGCCUCUUCCAUACAGAUGUAUCCUAUGGUGUUCUUUCAACAGAGUGUUUAUUGUGAUUCUCUAUGUAUAUAGUUAAAGUCUAUGAGCAGUGUGCAGCUGUCUCUUUGGCAGGGGUGGGGAAGCUAGGGAUAGGUACAGGGCCUGGUGCGUGUUAAACAAGCUACAGUCCAUGCCUGGCACAGGUCGCUUGUAAUGAAAUCUGCAGUUAGCUUUUAUGUUAUUUUAAACUCAUCUUUGGCCUUAUCUUUCACAGAAGUUGCUAGUAGUUUCUAAAUUUUUUCUUGUUUCUUUUUUAUAUUUUUUAACUGAUGAUUAGAUACUAGCUUAGUAUGAGAGGAGUUGGCUGUCUAGCAGUAAGAUGAUCUUCUUCUGAAGUCAGCAGACUGUUAAAUGGUAGUCAGCCUAACUCGUUACAACUGCAUGCUUAUCUAGCUAUUGAAUGCUUAGAGUUUCAGAAUCAAGUCCUAUUUUCAUUACACAGUUAUUUUCUGAGACAGGGCCCGGCUGUGUAGCCCAGGCUAGCCUUGAGCUUGCUAUGUAGCUCAGUCUGGUUUGCUUGUGUUAACUCUUGCUUCAGCUUCCCAACUGCUGAGAAUACCAUAUAGCCUGCUCAAUAUUUUAACUUUAAAACGUGCCAAAGGUGCCUCUUGGUCUAAAAAUCUUUCUUUAAAUUUUUAUUGCCAAUAUUAAAAAUAAAUGUGCAUUAUAAAUUGUACUUGAAAUAUGUGACAUUUUGGGGUGAUGUAAAUAAAAGCAAAAGUCACCCCUUAAUAAUACAGCAUGCCACUGCAGACCAGUUCUGUCAGAUGCUGAAGUGCUGGGUUUAAAUGAAGAAUCAAGAAGAGGCUGUUUGCUGGGAUGUUAGAUGAAACAGAUCUUUAAAAGCACCAAGGGGUAGAGAAAGAGAAGUCAUAGGUACCCCAGCAAAUCCCUGAGCCAGUAAGGCCCUGUAGAGUAAUAGUGAAUUGUUUUAAAAUUGAUAUACCAAGUGGCAUAUUAUCUAAAAACCUUAUUGCUAAGUUUAUUAUUAUUACUAAUUAUUAUAUUGGUUCCUGCUGCUGGGAAGCUGUUCACAUCGCUCCUCAUAAAGGAGAGCCAGCAAGCUGUAGGCUUUCAGCCUUGCUCUUCCCAAAGUUGGAAAGUAGCCCCUCCUUGACCUGUAUUUAUAAUACAGCAGGUGGCCUUGGUUAAUGUUUACCUUUUCAUUGUGUUUUUUUAAAAUCUACAGAUCAAUUACUUAGUAGUAGCUAUUUACAUAUAAGAUAUGCUUAUUCUCUUCAGUUUCUAUGUGAGUGCUUGUAGAUACUUUACCAGUAAACGUGUAUGUGUAAGAUUAUUUAGCUGCAUUUAGUUUUAAAGUGCCUUUACCUAAAUGAUUUGCCUUUCAUCUGAAAGUAGACAUUAUAAGUAUUGCUCUUUGGUUAGUGCAAAAUAUUGAGUUCCUAAGUUAGACUAGGCAUAUACCGCAGUGAAGGUGCUGUGUAGGCUGUGAGGCAGCAUGACCUUUAGCACGUAGUUCUAUACCAGUACUGAAAAAGAAGUGUUUGUUUAGACUUCACUAGCUAUACAUUAGGCAUAUAAUUACGUAACAUUAGUAGUGUGCACUUUUAUAUUUCCGUCAUCGUGUGAUCCUUUUGCUAGUAUAGUAGGCAGCAAUGUCCUUUGGUCUGAAAGUGCCUACGUCCUCCAUUUAGCCCUAAGUGUGGGGGGGGGGAAGUAUAUUAUAUGAUAAAUUGUCAGCAGUAACUGUGUGUGCGAUCUGUAUUUGACUUGAGGGAGAAAGACUGCUCCUGAGAGGUUCCUUUGCCCACAACAGGGCCCACUAUGUAUGUAGGAAAUCUGGGAGGGAAUCUUGAUGACGCUGUGCCAGAGAUCAGAGUCCUCCAGAACCAAGGAUGGAGCCCCACCACUACCACCCUGCCCCCUGGUCAAAUAGUGUAUCUUUUAUAUAGUAUUUUAUUUAAAAUGUGUAUGCUACCACAAAGAAUAAGAGAUGCUCCACCAUCUUAUGAAAAUAUUGUCACUGAGGUCUAGUGUGUUUCAGCAACAAUUUUCAUAUAGGUUGAAAAGGGGGUAGUUUAAUAUGAAUAAAACCCUCCAUUCUUUUUAUAUUUUUUGUGAUCUGCAUUUACUAAGGAUUGAAUUAAGAAGCAUUCCACUAACUCACAAAAAAAGUUGAACAUUUAGAAGGUAGUUCUUAUGGGGGCUGCUAGGCUUUUACUUUAGUCUCAGUGAUUGAUAUAAUAUUCAGUCUCGUGUAUGUAUUAAAUCUAGUAGCUUAAUGAAGGCGAUUUACAUGCAGAAAACUCUGCAUUCAUCAGAAUGUACUUGGUUCUUUCGGCCAUAAAUAAAUUGAAUAUAACUGUAUUAUUUAAAACUCUAGCUGGCGGAGCCUUGGGUGAGUUGGCAUUGCUGUUUGCUGGCAUUGGAGCUGUAACUAAGCUAGUUGGUUUUGGGGAUGGUUAAGGGAGUCACUUGCACAGUUUACAUGGUCAGCACUGCUGUUGUGAGAAACAGUGUUAACUCACUAGUCACUUUCUAACUGUCAUGUCUAGACUUGUGUUGAAGUGUGUCACAUUCUCAGCCCUCUUUGUGUGUGUGAUCAGCAAAAACAUAGAAAGGCUUUUUAAAUAACAAGUCUUAGCUUUUUAAAAUUGGGGGUUUCAAAAACAAAAGAUGCUGAAAAGAUGUUACCUUUUUGGUCAAAUCAUUAUAUAUGCUCUGACAUCUUAAUUUUCUGCACUUAAAGUCUGUGUAUUAAAAAUAUCUGUAUAAGUAUAUACAUAAUUAAAAUUAACUCAGAAAUAUGAUUCAACAGUAGAGUUUGUUUUGGAAAAAUAUAGUCCUAUUGUAUCAAAUUUAUUUUACUUUAUUAUGGCUGAUAUUCUAAAUAUAAUGUUUAAGCUAUUUUAAAUUCUUGUGCCUCUUCCCCCAAAGGAUAUUUUAAAAAUGUGAUCUUAACGUUAUAUACUUUCUUCAUAAAUUUUGCCUUAAACAUUGUGCCUUGUUUUAUUAAAUUGUUUUAUUAGAAUCCAGUUCUGGCUUUUGUAACAACAUUUAUUCUAAACAGACAUUUACUUUUAAAAAACUUUUAAUGCUUGUAUUUGAUAUAUCACUGCUUAUCUGUUUAUUGAAUUUAUCGAAUACACAACUCCAAACAUUAAGCGUGUUUUAGCAUUUAUUGUAUGUGCUAGAUAAAAGAGAAAAUAAAGUUACAGUGUGUUCCUCUGAGA